GGUGCAGUACUCAUUGCACAGAGGACUGCAGAGCUGGAAUAAAGAAGAGAGCUUCUCACUUUAAGGGAUUACACCAAGUCCAUGCAGAAGACCCUCCUCCCCCAUUACUCACACACAGCCCUGCCUGCAGGAGCAAAAAACUUAACACAGCAACGGUCCAUAGAUGAUCAGCAGGACACACCAAGCCCAAGUUUAUCCUCUAAAUAAAUCCCAAUUUGCUUUCUGCAUGCAACCUGCCUUUCCCUGAACCUUGGUGGGUCUCAAGAGCAACUUUAGCCCUUCGUUGGAGAAAAGCCAUCUACGAUGUAUCGAUGAUUGGAUCCUUUCCCUGCUUCCUUGGCAUGAAGAAAAGGGACCCAGAUGCCUAAGAUCAGCACUUGCAGCUCUUCCAUCCAUCCACUGCGACCCGUAAAAUAACCCUGAGAUCUUCUGCAGCUUCUCAGACCACCUGAGGAUCUUCUCUAGCGAUCAUGUCCUUCACUUUAGACCUGUAAUCCUCAGACCCUCAUCACAUGACAUUCCUCAGGAAGGACAGCUUGGGACUUUGACUGUUUUUGUUUUUUUGUUUGUUUGUUUUUUUGAGGGGGAGGUCACCUAGUUGGCUUUUGGUUCCAUCAUUUCUCUAAGGACGAUCUCAGAAAGCUGCCUCUGGGUGGACAAUCAAUGCAUGGCUUAGGAGUCCAGUUUAUGGAAAUAGGCUCCAGCUACCGCAGCAUCUGUAAAGAUUCACACGCGUGUUUUUUCCACGCUCCAGAGAUGCUUUUCCACAGCCUUUCAGGGGGGGAGAUGCAUGGGGUCAUCGAUGAGAUGGACAGAAGAUCCAAAAGUGAAAGCACCGCCAUCAGCUCUGCUAUAGACAGAGGGGAGACAGAGACGACGAUGCCCUCCAUCAGCAAUGACAGGGCUGCCUUGUGUGCUGGUUGUGGGGGGAAAAUCUCGGAUCGGUACUACCUCCUGGCAGUGGACAAGCAGUGGCACAUGCGCUGCCUGAAGUGCUGUGAAUGUAAAUUAAACUUGGAGUCUGAACUGACCUGCUUCAGCAAAGAUGGCAGCAUCUACUGCAAAGAGGACUAUUACAGGAGGUUUUCCGUCCAGAGAUGUGCAAGAUGCCACUUGGGAAUCUCAGCCUCUGAGAUGGUCAUGAGAGCAAGGGACUUGGUGUACCACCUCAACUGUUUCACCUGCAACACAUGCAACAAAAUGUUGACCACUGGAGACCAUUUUGGCAUGAAGGACAACUUGGUCUACUGCAGGCUCCACUUUGAGACUCUGAUCCAAGGAGAGUACCAGGUUCAUUUCAAUCACUCGGAUGUGACAUCAGGGAAGGGUUCGGGACUGGGGUCUGGGGCUAACUCUGUAGGGUUGCCUUAUUAUAACGGCGUGGGGACUGUUCAGAAAGGGAGGCCAAGGAAGAGGAAGAGCCCGGGGCCCGGCGGAGACUUGGCAGCCUACAACGCAGCUCUAAGCUGCAAUGAAAAUGAUGGAGACCACAUGGACAGAGACCAACAGUACACCCCCAACCAGAAAACCAAACGCAUGAGGACCUCUUUCAAACACCAUCAGCUCCGGACAAUGAAAUCCUACUUUGCUAUUAACCAUAAUCCAGAUGCCAAGGACUUAAAGCAACUAGCUCAGAAGACUGGUUUAACCAAAAGAGUUUUACAGGUAUGGUUUCAAAAUGCAAGAGCCAAAUUUAGACGGAAUCUUCUGAGACAAGAAAAUAAUGGAGUAGACAAAACAUCAGAUUCCACUCUUCAAGCUGGGACUCCAUCAGGACCAGUCUCUGAAAUUUCCAAUGCUUCUAUGAGCCCCGCCACUACACCAACUACAUUAACAGACUUGACUAACCCUACAAUGCCAACUGUGACAUCUGUACUGACUUCGGUAGCUGGUAGCUUGGACGUGCAUGAGUCUCGAAGUCCUCCACAAACAACACUCACAAAUCUCUUCUGAUGACUCUUCAAAAGUUCAUUUAACAACAAAAAAGAGAUUAUUUUUAGUCAAUUUCCAAGUGUAUUUUAAUAGAGACUUUGUUCAAUGAAUAAAUUACAUUUUUGGGGAACAUUCUCAGAGAAGAGUUCAUUGUGCUGGUGUUUUGAUAAACUGAAGAAUUGGUUGAAAGAUGUAUCUGCAACACAACAUUUGUGUACCUGUACAGUUUUGUGGACUAAAAAUAAGGGAAAGAACCAUUAAUUUAAGUUGGCUGAAUCUUCUGUAUUCUCAAAGACUGUUAUGUGCCUUAUAUACUGUCUUAUCAACAUACAUUUUCUCUCUGUAUAUUUAUGACCAGAACUAAAUUGUUACAAGUUUGUUACUUUUCAAAUAGUCCUAAAAAGUUUCUUUGCUUAGACUUUUUCUGGCAGAAUUUUGGAGCGAGUAAUGUAAAAUGUGAGCAUUCAUAGAUAAUUUGGUGGUUUCUGUCCAUCACAACAUUUGCACUGGUAACUACAUCCAGAUAAGUUUACUGGGCUUUCCAGCAAACUUGGGGUAAAGAGACUUUACACAGGGAUCCUAAAAUUGUCUAGUGUGAUAUAUAACCUCUUUAGAUUUUGAAAACGCUAAUAUAUUGAUAUCUUAAACCAUGCAUACCUCCCAAAUGUACAUAUGUUGGUGGACAACAGCCUCAUGAAGAAGCAAGACUUAGUGUAAGUGGUUGGCAUUUCACCUGAACAGGGGCAGGAACAGGAAAACCUGUAUGGUACUUACAUGUUCCAGUUUUACAUUUUAGGAUGUUGGGAGGUGUGAGAGUGGUAUGACCCUGUCUACUCUAGUCCAUAAAGUAAUUAUUUUUCCAUUUAGGAUUAGGAAUGAAAGAAAUUGGCUAACUGGAAAUAAGUAUUAAAUACAAAGCACAAUGUUUGACUAGCAUUUAAACAAACCGUGAAGGUUUUGAGAGUAAAAGGUUCACCUACCACAGUUUGAACCACUCUUAAUUUGUUUUAAAUCUCAUAUACUAUACUGUUCACUGUGAAAAUUAGUUUACAACUGGUGAGAAACAAGGAUUUCUAGUCAUUAAAAUGUUGUUCAUGAGCUUAGUUGUCUCUGCCACAACAGUCACCAGAAUUCAGUAUUAACUUUUACAAACAUUUUUUAUCGAAGGACUAAAAGACAAACCACAUACUGUACUUACAUGGUUUUACAGUGCUGCACCCAUAAUCUAAAUAAGUGAUACACACCCACUAUAAGCCAACCAGAACCAACUCCACUAAUAAGCCCACAUGUACUCUUACAUCAAAGAUCCUUAGGAAAAUCAAUACAUUAAUGACUCUUCUAGAUUCUUAUAGACUUUGUGGCUCAACUAGACUACAAAGAAGGCCAUGAUACUAUCAUCUGGAGUUGUUUCACUCAGAUUAUUUAAAACUGUAUAUAACCCAUAAACACAUUUAAUAUAUUGCAGCUUACCUGUUCCUUAAAUGUGGUGGCUGCAUUUGUUUUUUGUCAGGCCUUUUUUUGCUUUAUUUUUACUUGGUGAUCCUGAAAAUAAAACACUUCCUGUCCUAGGGUGGCUACACUCACUCCAUUGUAUCAAUGGAGAAGCUAUGGGCUGCUCUCCUAAUUUGGACUACAAACAUGUCUUCUUCUCUUCUUCUCCAUUACAUGGAGGGUAGUGGAAUUUGGAGUUUACAGAAGAUAGCUUAGAAAAAUGAUAACAUUGUUUGUCAUUUCAGCUCAAUUCACAGAAAGUUACAGGGACACUUGACUUCUGGCAGGAUAACAGGUAUUUUCUGAACUGAUUUUUUUUCCUGUAAAAUAAAACGAAUGCAGCUGCCACAUUUGAGGACUAUAUGAUUUUUUUGUUCUAGGGUUAGAUAUCCUUUAAAUCAAAAUAUACAGUACAUGCCACAUGACCUACGGGGUUUGAAUGUCCAACGAGUUCUUAACAAAACAUUGACACAAAAUUGCACUUGACUGUUUCAUGGCCAUUUUAAGAGUGGAUUGUAGAGUCCUUGCACUGAUGAGAAACACCAUGCUCGCAUCAUUUUAAGUCUUAAAUAUACUGAUAAGAUUGGAUGUAAAUACAAAUGAAGCUCACCCUUAUGCAGAUGAGGAAAUUCAGAAAGGCACAUUCUAGCACUCAUAGGUUUUAAUAUAUCUUGUUCAGUGCCACACAUGCCUGAAACACUUUGGAAUAAGUUACAGGCCAGCCCUGACUCUGAGAGAGUCGCCAGAAGUAUUUAGAAAUAAUGCCCUUUAUAACUAAACUCAUUCUUAGCUAGUGUUUAUUAAUACCAUUGGUAAAGCCAAUUCGAAACAACCAUCCUUGUAUAAACUUAUGGCCUGUGUGUAAUCUUUUUGUAAAGUUUUGUUUGGUCUCUGAAAAAAGGUAUAAAGCAGGAAAAUAAUUAUACUAAUAAACAAAGGCUGCUUCUUUUAUUACGUGUUGGGCCCAUUCCAUUUUUUAGCACAGUGGUACUAUGAGCUGGCUCUCUUGUCUGUGUUGAAUUAUUUUCUCCAUCAGUUUCACCUUACCAGUGAAGGGUCGUUGGAGUUGUAUAUUAACAUCAGCAGUAGCCAAGACUUAAGUAUAGCUGCUUUAGCAUAUUGUGACAAAUUUCCCCUAUUUGUAAUGUUGCAUAAGGUCAGAACAAUUCUGAGAUGUUGCAUCUUUUGGAUGGAUACUUUUACCUCAACAAUGCUUAAUUUUUAAGAUAGAAUGAAUGUUUGCCUUUUUGUUCUUGUUUAAUACAGAAACAUUAGUGUUCUUGAUAUGAAGAAUAAAUUUUGGCCGUGACAUGAGUA